AAUACCGCACGAUUUGCUACAACUCUUUAACCUGCCUAUGUAUAAAUAUUAAAAACAUCGAGCAUGCUUAAAUCGCGAGUAAUUGGUACGUUUUCAUACAGAAGAUGCCUGUCGUAUUUCUCAAACGCCUUCAACAAUUUGGCAAAUCAAGGCCCGCCAAUGGCCCCUAACAAGGCGCAGAGUACGAGCGAACUGGUCAACAAUUUGGAUUUAGAUGUUUUCAUUAACCGGGACCACAGGCAAAUGGAUUUGUUGGACAAACUAAUGAAGCUCAGGCAACAAAAGGAGUGCAGCAAGGUGCCACUGCUGCCAAAUAUAUUGGUGAAGCAAUUGCUCGACGACACAGGACCACAGGAAUCGAUGAAUGUGCUAAAGAAGCCCUUGCAAUACGGCAUAUUUAUUGAUCAGUUUACGGGAUGUCAUUUAAUGGACUGGUUCUUGCAUAACGGCAACACACGGGAAGCGGCACAACUUGCCACACUUCUUGUGGAGCGAGACUUAUGCAACAAUGAACUCGUCGCCACACUGUGCCUUCAAUCUUUUUACGCCUACGUUAAAAAUUACGAAGCACAGGAAGUGGAAAAAGUAGAGCCCUCCAAAGAAGUGGAAAAAGUUCGUGUUAAAUUUAUACGAAACUACGAAAAUGCCAAUGUUAAAACUGAAGAGAAAAUGAUGAGUGAAGCUAUGAUAAAAUUGGGAUCGAAUACAAACCUAGACAAGGAACUUGUCCACAAUAUUACACUGAUUGGGCUAACACUAGAUUGUCGUCUGACUGAAGCAGAAAAGUGGCUGACAGGAAAUCAAGAAAGCUUAAACAAAUCUGCACUGCAAGUCUGCCGUCAGCUGAUUGAUGUCUUGAAAGUGGAAAACACUCCUGAACUUGAAAAACUACUUGCUCAAGAAUGUAAACAAACUAAGUCAUUUGAUGAGAUCUUGGAGUCAUGUGUGAAACGUUGUGUGGAAAGUUGUGAGCCGCAACUUAUGGAGGAAUACGAGAAAAGUUACCAAGCGUGGCAAAUGGGUUUUCAACUGGCUGUCAAGGAACAGGCCAAAAUCCACGAUGUGCAAAAUCGCGUGGAAAGCAUUCACAAUACGUUAAACAGCUUGCAAACGAUGCGACAGAAUCUUUGGUACUUUGAGAACAAAGAGGAUAUUGAUAUUGCAAUUUACAAGAAGAAAGUCCAUUAUCCCAAGCGUUGGUUCGGCAAGAAGAAGAAGCCCAAGGCAGUGGAUGCUUUCUAUGUGCCACCAACUAUUUCGCGAGGAAAUUGAAUGCUGUUUUUGCAACAUUCUUAAAUGCGAAAAAACCAAAAUCAGUCCAGUUUUAAAGAUUUAAUUAAAUUACUGGAAAAAUAAUGAGAA